GUGAGGGUUUCAACUCAAAAGAGGAAGACACAGCCACAGCUUAAGCCACUACAGAACCGACUGUAGCUUUUGUCUCACCUCUGCAGCGAAAUGGACAAGUUUAAAACCAUCCUCAACAUCGCCAACAAGCAGACCAGCGUCAGCUUCGGCCUGGUCGCGUUACUCACUGCAGGAAGUGAACAGAUUUUCUCCAGUGUGGCUUUCCAAUGCCCCUGCAACCAACUCAACUUCUUGUAUGGCUUUGUGUUUUUGCUUGUUCCUGCUUUGGCGUUGAUCACUCUUGGUUUUAUUUUGUCCAAGAAAACAUGGAAAUUGGUGACGGGUUUGUGUCGAAGAGAGGAGAGAGUGUGUGGCAGCUGCAGUAGAGUGAAGUCUCUUAUAAAUGUGAUCUUUCAGAUUUCGACGUUUGCGUUCCUGGCUCCGAGCACCUGGAUUGCAGUGGCUCUUCUGAAUGGGGUUUACAUCCAGUGCGCCAUGACAGGGACCAACAUGACGCUGUUUAACGAUCAUUUGUGCAAAGGGAGGGAGAUGGAGGCGGACUGUUUAAAGGAGCUACACACAUUCCCCUGUGAAAAAGGUGGAAAAGUGCCUAAAGACGAGAGAGACGAGGUGCUCCUCACGCUCAAAGCAGAGUCACAGAUUGUGGGUUGGCUGCUGAUCGCGACCAUCUUCCUUUCCCACUUGGCCUUCAACUGUGUGGCUCGGUGCUGGUCUCCGGUCAGUUACCUCCAGCUGAAGUUCUGGAGGCUCUACACCCAGGAGGAGAACUCGGCCUUGGACUCGUACUCGGCAGAACACGCCCGGGAACUGGCCAAACGCAACGUCAAAAGCUUCUUCACCGACACCGAACCAGACUCUGUCCACACGCCCUCAAACAGAAAGUGGCAGCAGAUCUCCUCCCUCUACAUGCCCCGCAACAAACCAGGGGGGCAGCACUACAGCACACUGCACGGUGUUGUGGAGACUCACACCGACACAGACAACGCCAUGAUGAGGAACAUGUCAGUCAGGUCCACAGGCUCCGCCCACAUCCCCCCCGCCGCUCUGGGGCUGGUGGAAGAAGGAAACGUCGCGCUCUGAACGGGAACAGAACAGUCAUAUACAAAUGUUUUUAAUCAUAGUCCAGGUUUUGUUUGGGUUUAAUUCUAGUUUACUCAAUGGACCGUCAACCUAGUUUUUCUUUUUAUUUUCAGUGUUAGUUCUGCAAUGUUCAUAAUCCAAGUUUAUAUGUUUAUUGUACAGCACAUUUUAUAAACAGGACUGUACUGCACAAAAUGAAGAAUAAAACAAUCCCUAAAUAAUAAAGAA